AUGAGCGCGGAUCUGGACCGCGCGUCUGUCACCUCGUGCGCUUCCUCCUCCACCUCCUUGGGCUCGGCCACGGGGGCGCCGGCGGUUGGGGGGCCGCCGGGGCCCUCCGCCUCCUCCUCCUCUGGGGCAGGGAUCCGGCUGCUGUCGUCCAACGUGAGGAAGCUCCACGGGGCGCUGAACCUGCUGCUGAGCGAGGCCGAGCGGGAGCAGUUCAUCCACUGCUUGAACGUCUACCACUGCCGGAGGAACGUCUUCGACCUGGUGCAGACCCUCAAGGUCCUCCUGGACGGCCCGGAAAAGAGGCAGCUCCUGCCUAUGCUCCGCCUGGUCAUUCCCCGCUCCGACCAGCUCCUCUUCGACCAGUACACCUCCGAGGGGCUCUACUUGAAGGCGGACUUCUUGCCCACUACCGCCAAUGGGGGCCUCGACGGCGCGCUCCGAGGGGAGGUCAGGCAGGUGACCCUCAAGAGGAAUAAGGCCCAGGAGGGCUUGGGGUUCAGCAUCCGGGGCGGGUCCGAGCACGGCGUGGGCAUCUACGUCUCCCUGGUGGAGCCAGGGUCCCUGGCGGAGAAGGAGGGCCUCCGGGUGGGCGACCAGAUCUUAAAAGUCAACGACAAGCCCCUGGACAAAGUGACCCAUGCCGAGGCAGUCAAGGCGCUGAAAGGGUCCAAGAAGCUGAAUCUUUCCGUUCACUCAGUCGGACGCAUCCCUGGUGGCUACGUCACCAAUCACAUCUACACCUGGGUGGAUCCCCAUGGCCGUAGUGUUUCCCCGCCCACAGGCCUGCCCCAGCACCAGAGCAGUACCCUACGCAAGGAUGGCAAUAAGAGGAGCCAUCUCCAACUGCUGCAAGAAGGGGAUGAGAAGAAGGUGAACUUGGUGCUGGACGAAGGGCGGUCUCUGGGUCUCAUGAUCCGUGGAGGAGCUGAAUAUGCCCUUGGAAUUUACAUCACAGGCAUAGACAAAGGCUCCGAAGCAGAAAGCACCGGCUUGAAGGUCGGGGAUCAAAUCCUGGAGGUGAAUGGCAGAAGCUUCCUGAGUAUCCCCCAUGACGAAGCAGUGAAAAUCCUCAAGUCCUCGCGACACCUCAUCAUGACUGUCAAAGAUGUUGGGAGGCUGCCUCAUGCUCGGACCACAGUGGAUGAGACCAAGUGGAUUGCCAGUUCUCAGAUUGGAGAGACCAUGGUCAACCCAGCUAGGGCUGUUGGAGACCACAUAACGGAGGUGAACACAAAGCCCUCUUUCUACAGGGGCCUGGCAGGGUCCCAGGUCACCCUGAGCAGCCUGGUGAACCAGAGCCGGGUCAUGUUGGAGGAGCAUGCGCGCCACCUACUGAACGAGCCGGAGAGAGCCACGAUGGGCUACUACCUGGAUGAGUACAAGGAGAGCAACAUCUCUGUGGACGCCCUCGUCAUGGCCCUCUUUGAGCUGCUCAACACUCAUGCCAAGUUCUCACUCCUGUCAGAGGUCAGGGGCGUCAUCUCUCCUCAGGACCUUGACCGCUUUGACAACCUGGUCCUGAAGAGGGAGAUUGAAUUCAUGAAGGCCCGGCAGCCCUCAGGGACAGGGACCGGCACAGACUCCUACUCCAUCAUGUCUUACAGCGACACCGUCUCUUCUACCGGGAGUCACUUCACCUCCACCACCGUCAGUUCAGCUCGGAAUACAACAGACUUGGAAGUGGGAGGGAACGGAUGCCAGAGCAGCAUCAAUGCUCUGCCGGAUAUCUCCCUGGACGACGUCUCGUCUUUCCCUGAGGAGCCUCCACCAUUCAAGCCUCCACCACCCAGUCCUUCUUCUCAGACAGUGGACUCCUCCUCUUCCCAGAGCAGAAACACGGCAACAGACACCCUCACAAGGCCUUCCUCGGGAUCUUCCCAAUCCGGCCUGUUCUUCGUAGCCCCCCGGGUCCCCACGGCCUCUCCAAGCCUCUCUGGGAGGGACACCGGAAGCAUUGCCUCGACGGCCACCUCCUCCACAGAAGAUUCUGCCCCCAGCAGCAUCUAUGCGUCCGUCUCCAGGCGGCCCAUGGACGCCCACUUGUCAUUGGUCAACCAGCAACCAAUAGGGCCUUUCCCCAGGGUCCAAUCACCAACCCGGUUGAAGACUCCUUCCCCAGAGGCUACUCCGGCCAGCGGCCUCCGAAACCCCAAAGCACCGUCCCCUUCCCUUUCCCCUCCUCCUCCACCAUCCCACCCGGCUCCUCCCCCCCCUCCCAAUGAAAAGGGCAGCCCGGAGUCCAGCACCACUCAGCAUUUCAUCAUGGUAGAAGUCCAUCGGCCCAACAGCGAGCCGGAUGUCAACGAAGUGAGGUCUUUGCCCCAAGCUAGAGGAACCCAGGGUUGCACAUCUGGCGGCGGCUGGGCCAGAGAAGGGGCGGGCUUUUCUCGGCCUCCCGCCCGCCGCCGGCCAGGAAAGGCCGAGAAAAGCGACGGCGGGAGGGAGGAGGAAAGCGACGGCGGCUGGGCCAGAGAGGGCAAGAAGCGCACCAGGAAGCUGGUUGAGGUGGUUCCCCGGCCGAGAAAGGCGGGCCGCCGCCGGGCAAGAGAGGCCGAGAGAGGUGGCGGGGGGGAGGAGGAAAGCGACGACGAUGGCUGCGGGGGGGCGGCAGGAGGCCCUCUCUGGCCCAGCCGCUGUAGCUUUCCUCCCCCCCUUCUCUGCCACCGCCGCCUUUCUCGGCCGGGGAACCACCUCAACCAGCUGCCAGACGAGACGCCCGUUGUGAGAGCCACCGUGGCUGAACUCCGGCACCGAGCCGAUGAGGAGCGUCUCCAGCUGUGGCCGGCCGCUGGCCCUCUCGGACACUUCCUGGUGCGCUUCUUGCGAGCUCAAGACUUCCACCUAGAGCAGGCGUGGGUGGAAGGUAAAGGGCGCACCCAGACGCAAAGCAGCAGGAGGAGCCUGGCGCGAGCAGCUGCCCGCCCGUCGUUCCUUCUGCUGUAG